AUGGCAAAGAAAAAUGGUCGAUGCUAUACUUGCGGAUUGCCAGGGCACCUUGUUAAGGACUGCCGUCGAGGGAGGAACCGAGAUGUGGAAAGGAGUCAGCAACCAAACCGAGAUUUCACUAUGAAUGCAAGAGAGGCGACGGAAUCGGAUCCGCUGAUAAGAGGAAGAAUGAGUAAACCGAGCAGCAACAACCCCGGCAGUAGUUCCGGCGACAGCAGCGCUAUACCCAAUUACCAAAAACUCUGGCAGUGGCGACAACAGAGGAGUGGCGAUGUCAGUGUGGCUUCCCGAUGGCCAGCAACACAGCGGUGCAGCCUCCAGCAGCUCGACGGGAUCAUUCUUUCUCACGGUUCUGAUUCUCCGAUGGCGACGUGA